AGGAAAGCUUAAGCAUUUCACUUGAGUGUAAGCGUUUUGGAUUAGAUGAUACCUUCCCUUCCUAAAAGCAGAUUCAUUCAGGACAUCUGCCACUCUUGGCUACGCUUUGAAAGGGAGUUCGGCACACUGGAGGAUUUGGAUCAUGCAGCACAAAGGGUUUCCCACCGGCUGGAAGAGUUGCAGUUGUUUAGAUCACGAGAAGAAUCCAAAUUGGCAGAGAGGGAGAAUAUUUCUAAGAAGAAUAUUCGAGAAAAGAGAAAGCCUGUCUCAGACAUAGCCGAUGAGCAAUUUCCGGCAAAGAGGAAAAAAGAUGCAGGAGACAACCUAAAGAAAGUGCAUGAGAAAGACAAAGCACAGCUGCAGAAGUUGGAUGAAGAAAAUAAAAGGGAAGAGAUCAAAACCCAGGCAAACGAACCAGAUAUCAAAAAAGAGGAACAGACCAAAGACUCUAUUCCCGAGAAAGCAAGAGUAUACACUGACCAGUGCACUGCAUUCAUAUCGAACCUUCACUUGAAGGCAAAUGUAGAAGAUCUACGCAAAUUUUUCAGUGACGUUGGUGGAGUAGUUGGUAUCCGAAUACUGCGUGACAAAUUCACUGGAAAAUCAAGGGGUCUUGCAUAUGUGGAUUUCUCAGAUGAUUCACACCUUGCUGCUGCCGUGGCAAAGACCAAGCAGACACUACUUGGGAAGAAGCUGAGCAUCGCACGAUCAGAUCCGAAGCGUGGUAAAAGAGAUCCAUCAGGUCGAAGUUUCCAAGGCGCUCAAG